GCCGUGUCCCCCGGCCUGCCUCCCCGAUUGCUCCCGGCCGCGCCUGCAGCAGCACGCGCCUUGCUCCCACCGAGGUCCCGGCGCCCGGGCCGCCACUGGCCUGCGUCGCCCCUCGGAAUGAAGGUGUUCCGUAGGAAGGCGCUAGUGCUGUGCGCAGGCUAUGCGCUGCUGCUUGUGCUCACCAUGCUUAACCUCCUGGACUACAAGUGGCACAAGGAGCCGCUACAGCAGUGCAGUCCCGACGGGCCGCUAGGUGCUGCGGCAGGGGUGGCUGGGGACGGCUGGGGGCGCCCGAGGCCUCCUCCAGCUGUGUCGCAUGGCGCACACACCCGCUUGGACCCCCGCACCCCGUACCGCUCCCCCGCUGCCCCUGUCCUAGGGGCUGCACAGGCAGCGGAGGCGGGGGCCGUGGUCCCUUCCGGCAAUAGCACUCGCAGCUCCAGGGGCGGUGAUAUUAAACGGCAGUUGGUGUACGUGUUCACCACAUGGCGCUCAGGCUCGUCCUUCUUCGGGGAGCUCUUUAACCAGAAUCCCGAGGUAUUCUUCCUAUACGAGCCAGUGUGGCACGUGUGGCAAAAACUGUACCCGGGGGACGCCGUGUCUCUGCAAGGGGCAGCGCGGGACAUGCUGAGCGCUCUCUAUCGCUGUGACCUCUCAGUCUUUCAGCUGUACAGCCCUGCUGGCAGCGGGGGGCGCAACCUCACCACACUGGGCAUUUUUGGCGCUGCCACCAAUAAGGUCGUGUGCUCUUCGCCGCUUUGCCCUGCCUAUCGCAAAGAGGUCGUGGGGCUGGUGGACGAUCGUGUGUGCAAGAAGUGUCCACCCCAACGCUUGGCACUCUUCGAAGAAGAGUGCCGCAAGUACCACACGCUGGUCAUCAAGGGCGUGCGUGUCUUCGAUGUGGCCGUGUUGGCGCCACUACUUCGCGACCCGGCCUUGGACCUCAAGGUCAUCCACCUGGUGCGUGAUCCUCGUGCUGUGGCCAGCUCACGCAUCCGCUCGCGCCACGGUCUCAUCCGUGAGAGCCUGCAGGUGGUACGCAGCCGGGACCCGAGAGCCCAUCGCAUGCCAUUCCUGGAGGCUGCUGGCCACAAGCUGGGUGCCAAGAAGGAGGGUGUGGGUGGCCCAGCAGACUACCAUGCACUUGGGGCUAUGGAGGUCAUCUGCAACAGCAUGGCCAAGACACUGCAGACAGCCCUGCAGCCCCCUGACUGGCUACAAGGCCACUACCUAGCGGUGCGGUACGAGGACCUGGUGGGAGACCCCGUCAAGACCCUACGGAGGGUGUACGACUUUGUGGGACUGCUGGUGAGCCCUGAAAUGGAGCAAUUUGCCUUGAACAUGACCAGUGGUUCGGGUUCCUCCUCCAAGCCUUUUGUGGUAUCUGCCCGUAAUGCCACACAGGCAGCCAACGCAUGGCGGACUGCCCUCACCUUUCAGCAGAUCAAACAAGUGGAGGAAUUUUGCUAUCAGCCCAUGGCUGUGCUGGGCUAUCAGAGGGUGAAUAGCCCGGAGGAAGUCAAAGACCUCAGCAAAACCCUGCUCCAAAAGCCCCGGCUCUGAGGGUUUCUUGGGAGGCCUGACUGGAGGUGGGAGGCACCCAAAGGAAGUCUGUUGAGGUGGGAGACAAUCCACCCACAGGGGACUGUGGUGUGUUUAAACAGAAACAGUCCAGACCCAAGCUGAGGAAGCCCACAUAUUCUAUUAUAGAUGUAUUAUAUAAAUAACCACACAGACAUUUGCUGUCAGUGUUCCCAGUCUUGCAUUUCAAGAACAAUCACAAUACAUACAUAUCUCAGAAAAGGCGAGACUUGAAAGUUCUGACCAGCUGCCUUCCUGUCCUCUCCCUGCCUUUUCUCUCUUUCCCGUUCCCCGAGGUCUUACCCUCUCUCCUACCUGCCCUGCAUUUUGAAGUGGGAUACUGAUUAAAUCAAGAUCCAGUAACCCAAAUCUUGUUUACAAAGUUUUUGUGGUAUCUGUGAACAUGUAGUAGCGUAAUUUGGAUGUGGGGUGAGGGAAUAAAAAAAGGGGAAGUGGCCCAGGAGCAGAAAGCCCCAUUGGGAAUAAUAAACCAAGGAGGCAUUCAUUUAAAGUAGACUUCUCUGUAAAAGCAAAGGUUAUAUGUGAGUAUUAAUAAAGAAGAUAAUAAAUAAUACUAAUUUUUAUACUUG